GUUGUCAGCACAUAAUGCUUUUUUACUUCCAGUAGUCGGACCCGCUACCGGCUGCCUGGUUUUCAAUUUUUCUUGCAGAGUUCUUCUGUCCAUAUUUCUUACAUAAGUUGUUGCGGAGUAGUCCACAACACCUUUCCUUGACGCUUUGAUUGUGGUCGGACAAAUUCUGGUGCUGGCUCUGUUACAUUUGUUUCCUCUUGUAUCCGACAUUUUUGCUUUUGAGUAUUUGUUGUUCUAAAAAGCCGUUGACGUUGGCCAUUGAGAAAGUCUAAUUUUCCAUUUUGCAAAAUGGCGUUGGAGGAGGCUUUGCAACAGGUUGAGCAGGAACUGCAGGAGAAGGGCUUAGACGGUGCAAGCGCUAGGGACCACUCGGUAAGACGUAGAUGGAAUUUAAAUCUUUAUCCAUCGUACUCUUUAUCUUAUGUAUCUAUACAAUAUCUUCUCCAGCUAUCUUAUCGGUAAACAAAAUUCCGUUACCCCCACGUAGCUCUACUAUGGAUGUCAUAUUGAAAUCAAAUACGAAUAAAUAAUAUGUAUAAAAACCAGAAAGAAAUAUUAACCCUUGUUUUAACUCUUCAGGCAAUAGCAGCGCAGCAGCACAUUCGGCAUACGGAGGAACUCGCAGCCGUCCUAAAAAGAGAGGAGCCAAACAAAGGUUCAAAGACAAAGACCAAAGAUUGCGGUGGAUUCUCAUCAGCGCCUUCAAAAGCUGCUGCAGCAGCAGCAGGAUCAAGGGCACCAGCAGCACCUCCAGGGCCGGACUUCAACCUGAACCCCGACAAUCUCAUGGCAGGGUUUGGCGACUUCAUAAAGGAUCUAGAGUCUGGAAAGCUUGGCGACUCGGAGGAGAUAAAGAAUAUGGCGAAUAUGAUGCAGGUAAAAGAAGCCGUGAAAGCCAUUUCUUUAACAUAUAAUCUUCUGAUCCUGAUUGUACAUAAAAACAAAUAGCUACACUUUCUUAAUCUAGAGGCAUGAUUCGUUAUUCCAUCUUUAUACCAUAGAAUAUGAACUCUUUGCCUUUGUUUAUGUUUUUCUUAGGAUCCGAGCUUCCACGACUUUUUGCAACAUUUCGGUGGGCUCAUGCAACCACCAGCGUCUGGCAGUACCGCAGCUUCGAGUAGUACCUCAGGGAAACAUGGCGGGCCGAGUCCGCAGGUGGGAAAACCGAAGGCAAAACCUGCAGUGAAAGUGAAAAAAGAGGAUGUAGCGGCUAUGGACGACGAUGACAUUCUAGCGUGUGUGGACGCUAGCAUACGGCCAAAGAAGAAAACCACGGCAUCAGGUGCAGCAGCGGUUGCAACCGCAGACGCAAAAGAUAAGUCAUCAAGAACAGGCCAGAGCGCCGACGCAAAAAGCGAUGACAAGAAAGAAUCUUUUAGUCCUAGCAAGGACCACAAUGAUGGAGCUUCAUCUAACAAGAAAAAUGACGACGCCGCGUCGUCCGAGAAGUCAAAACCAGGUUACAGCGCUGGUAACUACAACUCGUACAACUCGUGGCCAACGUACCCUGAUGAAGUAAAACCCGAGGCCGGCCUCUCGGCGGAAGAGAUUGCAGCUGAUGAGGAAGCGACGCGCGCUCUUCUCAAGAAUGUGAGCAAGGCCACAGCAGCUCUCUCACAACCGACGGUGCCAGAAGAGGUACAACCAUGGCGAGAAACAGACGGUCUAGACCCGACACUUUAUCACGGAAUGGUCGACGAACUAAAGAAGUACUACUUGAGCUUAGCGUUACACAACAACAAAACUAAAAAAAUGUAAGGAACAACUGGAUAUGGAAGCUCCUAUCAAUCUUUCUCAGACGAUUCGCCAAUUCCUCUAGUAUACUUCUUUGAUGUAUAUUAAGUAUAACUACAACUUGUGGUUGUGCUCAAGGUCAAGCUCAUAACUACCAUGAGCAACAACUUCAACUUAUACUACAACUGCAGGAUGAUCACAGGCGAUCCGAGUUUGGCUGAGUCAUUUGAGACCAUGCUGCAACAGAUGUUGGGGAAGAAUGUAAUGCACGAAGCAGUUUUUUCCGUCCUGCUGCAUCUGGAACCAUGGCUGAAAGAGAAUCGGGAAUCGCUUAGUACAACGGAGGUCGAGCGCUAUGAAAAAAUGCUUGCAUGCUAUCGAGAGUACUUAAUUAUUUUGAGCAAUUUUAUUUCGAGUUCAACUAAUGAUGUGAAGAUUUCAUGUUCAAUCUGCUUAAUAAAAGAUUGUAAGGGGGAAGGGAAGAUCAUGUUGAGGAAGACGAUGAUAAUAAACAGGUACGCUCACAUACUGUUACAAUUUAUAUCGCCACAGGUGCAACUCCUGCUUUCCACACGAACUUGAAUAAUUAAGCAGUUUCUGCUUGUUCCCAGAAACACCUACACUCACAACAAAUUCAGGGUCUCUGUGUUGUAUGAGCGACAGAGCCGAGACGCGCCAAGCGACUUGGCAGCUGCCGAGUUCAAACGGAUCGAAGAAUUGAUGACAGAACUGCAGCAAUACGGCGAAUUACCGCCACAAGUGAUGAAUAAGAUACACGAAGCUGGUGCCGCAGCCAUGAAUAAGGAUUUCAUGAAGGAAAUGGAAAAGAAGAAUGACGGUGCUGCCAAGCCAGGAAUGGCAGGCAAACCAGCAGGAGCUUCACAAUCAUCUUCAUCGGCAACGACCUCCUCGUCCAGUAGCAGCAGUAAUUCUUCUUCUAGUAAUGGCAAAAUCAAAACUGCAGGAAAACACGAAGACAAGACCAAAUAUGGCUUUGACAAAACGACUGUGAAUAAAAGCAGCUCAUCAACAAGUGGGCCUAGCAGUGGCGAACAGGACCAGAUGAUGGCCAUGUUCCAAGAGGCAUUGCACGCACAAGGUGGUAUGAAGGAUGGGUUGUCAGCCGAGGAACAAAAAGAGUUCGAUACGAUGAUGAACACCAUGCUCAAGGAACUCUCUGGAAUCACACCUGCAGCUCCACCCAAAACAACUCCAACGACUGGCAGCAUGACCACUGGUACUUCUGCGGCCAGCUCGUCCUCAACAGCAAGCAAGAAGAGGGAUGACGCUUCAACUUCAUCACCAUCAAAAGCUGAUAAAAGCGCCACUAGUAGUACUGCUACUGGUACUAGUUCACCUCCAACUUCUUCUAGUAGUUCAGUCCCAGCAGGAAAAAAUGUUGCAGGUAGUGCAGCACCAGCUUCCUCCUCAUCUGCUCCUGUGCAAUUGCCACCGACUGGAGGCGCAGCGCGUGCUGGCCUCGACGCAGGCUGGGACGCAUUUUUGCAGAAGAUUGUCGCUGAUGUGGACGCACAGUCAGAUGGCAAUCCCUUAGGCGAUCUUGCCCACCUGCAAAACGUUUUCAAGCGAGAGUUCGGUGAUACUGAUCCGGAGGUCGAGAAAAUGAUCUUUGGACCCAGUGGGCUACUGGGCUCCGUCAUGACCACGACAGAUGCAAACUCUAGUUCACCUAGCAGUACGGCAAUCAAAACUGGUGCAUCUUCGUCUUCGUCAGGUGCAACUACUAGCCCUUCUGCUCGAGGGAAACCUGGAACAGACGAAAAAACAAUAAACGCAGACCGUAAAGAAGAUGACGUCAAGCCAAUAGAGAAAAGCCAGGACAAGGUUGAAAACUCCAAGAAGCUCGCACCAAAAUCGCGUUCAAAUAAAGAACCCGAAAAAGAUGCUGAAGGUGCGACAGAUGACGGACUUGAUAUUCCAGAAGACUGGAGAGCACCUGCAGGUGCACCGAGUAGCGGCUCUGGGAAUGGCCAAGAUUGCAAGAUGCAAUGA